AUGGCUUGUAUAAGAAACAUAGGUUCAAUAUUAAAAAUAUCUGAUUUUAACGAAAAAGAACAAGCUUUAAACGACAGUUCUGAAGAGAUUCAAUAUAAGAAACCUAAAAAUAAAAAAUUAAUUUUAAAUGUAAAUUUUAACGACGCUCGAACUUAUUUAGAUGAUCUUAAAAAGGCUGAUUUAAUGUAUAUUAAGAGGAAGGCGAACGUUAAAUCUGAGUAUACCAAUAAAAUACAAUUAAAUCCUGUCAAUCAAAUUUAUCUCAAAUCGGAUCUGGAUAUAAUGAAGGAUAAACAAAGAUUUGCACAAAUGGAAGACUUUAAAAAUGAAAUACAGGAAAGAGAAACAGAAAAUAACUUUGUUAUCAGUUCAAUUUUACAUCAAUAUAGGGAAUUAUAUCUCAAAAAUAAUGGAAAAUUACCAACGGAAUUUCCCAUGGCAGAAGAACAGUUGGCAUACAUUUUUAAUUUCUACAAAAAACUAGUAAAACGAUUAGAAAUUUAUGAAAACCUAAAAUCAGGCAAAAAGACAGUAAAAGAUUAUAUUUCAGAAACAAAAGACUAA